CUACUCUCAAUCCCACACGCAAUGUGUUCUUUGGUCUUCCUCUUUUCCGUUUCCCUUCAGGAUUACAAGUUAGCGCUUGCCUCGUCAUGCAGUUUGAUGAUUUGCGUAAUGUAUGUCCUAUCCGUUUCCAUCGUCUUUUCCUAAUUUCCUCUUCAGCUGGAAGCUGGUUCUUCCUCGCCCACAGUAGGUUAUUACUGAUGCUAUCCGGCCAUCGGAUAUUGAGCAUCUUGCGUAGACAACGGUCGGGCACACUUGGUAAAUUGAGUUGGCUCACUCGCUAUGAUAUAGCUUAAAAAGUCCCAAUGGUAUGUGCGAUAGUUCACAUUUUUCAAGAAAUUCGCUUUCAUUAUUAUUCCUAUUGAAGACACUGACUUUGAUAUUGGUUGAAAGUUGUUUUGAGUUCCAUAUGUUCUUCAAUUAUAGGAAUGCGAUCGUUACUUUGCCAAUCCUCACCUUUACGUCUGCAUCUGAUCCUCCUUGUUCAUCGAUGAUACUUCCCAGAUAUGUGAAGGAUUCUACAUCUUCCAGAGUUUCGCCAUUAAGAGUGAUUGAAUUGCUGUUCUCCGUGUUGUAUUUGAGGACCUUGGUUUUUCCGUUGUGUGUCUACCGUAUCUUUCAUCCGGUUCAGCAACACUCUGUUAAAAACAGUAGUGUGAUGCCUCUGUAGUUUUCACAUUUGCUCGGAUCUCCUCUCUUCGGAAUCUUGAUGAGGUGUCCUUCUCUCCAGUCCAUCGGCACUUGUUCCUCCUCCCAAAUCUUUUUGAAUAGACGGUAAAGCAUGUUUGUAGUUAAUUCGAUGUCUGACUUCAGUGCUUCAGCUGUUAUAUUGUCGGGUCCUGCUGCUUUACCGCUCUUGAUUUGUCUGAUGGCCAUUCUAAUUUCUUCCGUCGUUGGUGGAUUGACACCUAUAGGAAGAUCUGUGUGCACUGCUUCGGUGUCCGGUGGAUUCAUUGGAGCCGGCCUAUUCGGGAGUUCCUCGAAGUACUCUACCCAUCUGUUCCGUUGUUGUUGAAUUUCAAUGAUUAACUUGCCUUCUUUGUCUUUGACCGGUCUCUCUGGUUUACUGUAUUUCCCUGCUACUUUUUUCGUUGUAUCGUAAAGUUGUUUCAUAUUUCUUUCUCUUGCAGCUUAUUCCGCCGUCGUUGCUAGUUCUUCCACGUAUUUCUUCUUGUCGGCUCUAAUUCUUUUCUUCACUUGCUUGUUUGCUUCUAUGUAUUCAGCUUGUGCUUGAAAUUUUUCUGCUCGUGUUCGGCUGUUGUUAAUUGCUGUAUUCUUGUUCUUCCUUUCUUUGAUCCUGUCCAAUGUUUCUAUAGAGAUCCACUCCUUCUUGAGGUCCAGAACCUCUUGACACGUUGAAGUUAAUGCUUCUUUGAUACUUUCCAGUUUUCCUCCAUAGUAGUUUCUUCUUCUUUCAGUAGAUCUUGUAAGGCUUGGAACCUGUUGUUGAGAGCUAUCUUGAAUUCAUUGAGUUUGUCAGUAUCUCGAAGGAAGGCUGUAUUGAACGUUUGAAUUGCUGUUUGUCCAGUUGUCCAGUUCUUUUUUAGCUUCAGUUUUAAAUUGGCCACAACUAGGUGGUGAUCUGAAGCUACGUCAGCACCUCUCCUGGUUCUCACAUUUUUCAUUGUCCUUGGGAACUUUUUAUUGAUGCAAAUAUGAUCUAUCUGGUUCUCUGUGGUGUGGUCCAGUGAGAUCCAUGUAGCUUUGUGUAUAAGUUUGUGUGGAAAUAUUGUGCCACCUGUGACCAAUUUGUUGAAUGCACAUAGAUUUGCAAAUCUUUCUCCAUUUUCGUUUUUCUCUCCCAGUCAAUGUCGUCCCAUAAUAUCUUCGUAUCCGGUGUUGUCUAUUCCGACUUUGGCACUUAGAUCUCCCGUCAGAAUAGUUAGGUCCUUUCUUGGGCAUUUCUCAAUGAUUGACUGCAGCCGCUCGUAGAACUGAUCUUUGAUUUCGUCGUUGCUAUCACUGGUGGGUGCAUAACAUUGGAUAAUAUUCAUUGUGAUCCCCUCCUUCUUUGUUUUGAAUGAUGCUUUGAUGAUUCUGGAUCCGUGAGAUUCCCAUCCUAGAAGUGCAUUUCGUGCUACUUUGGACAGCAUAAGAGCGACUCCCUGAGUGUGUGGAGCAUUUUCCUCUUCGUGACCGGAGUAUAACAGCAUCUCUCCCGUGAUUUAGUUUCCUACGGUAUGGGGUCGCUAACCCCAUGCCCAACUCUCCUCGUUUACCUGGGCUUGGGACCGGCAGUAGCUCUGGAAGCGUUACAGACCACCUCUAAUCCAAUUUCCUUCUCAGGUACCUCCAGAAGAACCCUUCCACGGUGUGGGCAACCAGGAAGUGAUAAGCGCCUUCACACCUCUAACAGCACUCAAGACCACCGUUGAUCGCAGGUGAUGUAACUGUUGAAACUGGACCACCAUUCUUGGAGAUCUUUGAGGUUAAUCUACUAGGAUCUGCUACUCUCCUUGCUUUUGACUAGUUACAUUGUUUCCAGCCUCACUAGCAGUUGGGGACUGAGGUCGAUUUUCCAUUCAGAUUAUUUGUUUUCGCUUUCAAUCGUGUUCAGAGCCUGAGUUUACGAGAAUCUAUCAGCGCAAUAGACUUAGCAGAAAUGAACUGGUUUUCCGUGACCCUUUGGUUUAAAUCAAUAAUAGAUGUCGCUGGUGUUACUACAGCAGUUCGUAAAUCUUACCAAGCAAUAUCUGGGUCAGCUUCGUUUCAGAACUGCCCAAUUGUGACCUCAUUUGUUAGCCUUACUAUGCAAUAAGCUAACAGGUAAACCAGAGAUCGAGUGGAAGUAACAUUUGUCACCAGUUUUAAUGUGCCUAACUAGAAAAGGGUAAUAAAUCAAGUUGUUUAGAUGAGCAUUUUUGGAGCAGUGAAUGGAGAUUACUUAAAUCAAAAUAAGUUGACCUGAGAAAUAAUAUUUAAAAAACAAUAACUGGGAAAGUAUUGAAAAUAAGUGAUAAUUAACUAACAUCUUGGGGACAAUACGAUAGAUGAACAACGAAACGACUAUUGAUUAUUAACGAAACUAAGAGAUACAAUACACGAAAAACUGAAACAUAAAGGGUAAGCAGUGAAAAAGUAGCUCUCACUCUAUAUCUGUGAAUCAUUGGAUAUAAAAGUAAAAAACACAAGUAAGCUACAAGUAUGUGUUCACAUGUGUCUUGGAAGUACUGUAUAAAUAGGGUGGAUUAAAAGUAAAAAGAGAAAAUAUAUUGAUGACAUUAUAUAUCUCCAUCAACUGAGCUGUUUAGGACAUAUUCUACUUAAGUGGAACCGUCUGCAUUAAGUGUAGCACAUAGAUUAGCAAAAUCACUUUAACCAAUCCUAUGUAAACCAAAUGAUGAAAUGACGAAGGAAGAAAAAUUCGAAUAUCAUCCACAAAAUUAAGGUUCAACUGGGAAAAUCACUAUAUUGGACAAAGUGGACGCUCCCUUCACCUUCGCCUGCACGAACAACAAUUAGCAGUCAAAUGCCAUGGCAUGUCCUCGCUUAUAUCAAUGCAUGUGGACAACUGUGAAUACAAAUUUGACUGGAAAAAUGUUGAGACCUUGGAUAGAGGCAAUUCUAAAAACACCAACGAAGUUUUAGAAGCUUGGAACUCUGGUCAAUCAGCAAACACAUUGAAAUGAAUCUGACGUAUCAACCAAUCAGAAAAAUCAUGGACAAAUAUAGGACCAAGAAGAUGCAACCAAAAUAGAGAAGUAGACAGUGACAGGUUAAAGACCAACAACAAUAACCAAUCAAUAUCGGGGUCUACAGGACAAGCUGUGAGUCAUAUGUGAAGGAAUUUGAGCACUUCACUUCUACCCGAAGUUUGUGCUGAUGAUGUCGUUCAGAAGAACAAUGAAAGCUCCACGACCAAACAAUCCAGCUCAGAGAAAAAAACCUCACUUAGAUCAUCCACCUGAGCUACAAAUCUCCACCUGUACUACUUAUGCUUAACCACCACAUAAACGAAUAUGCAGUGUUGGGUAGCAUAGAGUAUGUUGGAAAAUAACUGGGAAAGAACAUGUUAAGAUAUGAUACCAAUCUAUCAAGUUAUCAAUUGUUAAUAAAGAUCGUGUGGAUAGGUUAAAACUUACAGAUUGAGACCCCCGCAAUACUUAUAAUACAUAUUUGAAUGUAUAUAUGAAUGAAUUACCUAUAACUAUCUAAGUAUCGUAAGUAACUAAUAAUUCUCUCAUCUGUUUUCUUCCUUCUGUACUUUCUCUUAUUCUUUGAUACCCACUGCAGUUCAAAUUGAGUGUUCUCCAUUCCUUUUUUGUUGAUAUUAUUAUUAUUUAUAGCUUUAUUCAAAAUUACAUUUUUGGUACAAUACAGAAUUCUCAGUACAAAGUAUUUCGACAAUUCUCUUUUCCUUAUUUCUUGACUGACCCUUCCGAUAAAUAUUUAGUGGUCACCAGUUAUAUGUUAGCAGUUCAAGAAUCGACAUCUAAAUAAUUUAUAUUAUUUUCGAUGCACAUUUCCGGCAACCACGAUGUCUCGGAUUAGGCUCUUUUGUAAGUUGUGCAUCGAAAAGUAGUAAACUUUUCACAAACGCACCUG